AUGAGGACCUGCUGCUAUGCCUUCUCCCUGACUUUAGCCAAAGGCUUUCAUCUCACUGUUCAUUUUCUGUUCCUCCUCCUCAACCAGGCAAUUUUAAUGAUCUGGAAUAUUCUGACUGACCUGAGUGGGUAUUUCCGCAUGAACUCUCAGUAUGACUGCUGUCUCAGUUACCGUUGCUCCCUGCUUGGAGCCCUUCUGCACACAGUGGCCUUCUUGCUCCCUUGGUUCCCUUGGAAACACUAUAGAGAGAGUGACUGGCUUACUGGUCUCCAGCUGGUAGUCUCCCUGUGCUUGUUUGACAGCACCCACGCCUGGGUGCAGCAAGCCCAGGGGCGCCUGUUUGCAGAGCCUUUCCCCAAGCAUAAGAGCAGGCUACAGCUGACCAGAAUUAAGCAGGUGGCAUCCCUGGUGGGCUCUGCCAGCAUCCUUUUCUGUGGCCUCGUCUCUCACAACAUGGAAAUCCUGCCCAAUUUUCAAGCCAUGUCUGUCAUCAUUGUCUUCCUGGCAUCUAUCAGCUUUUACAGUGGCAUGUUCCAUGUGAGACAGUUUGAAUUUAAAAGAAACCCAGAGGAAAACGUCUUCUCCGGGAGUGAACAGGAGUUGGCAAGGACCUCUGUCAUCUUACUGAUGAGACAAAUCUUGUCUCAAAGGAACUUGUAUCUUUUCCUCAUCAUGAAUUUCUUCCAAGUCUUCCAUUUGACUGUCUUCAGUAACUUCAUGAUGAUCUUUGUAGGUAACCUCAUUCCCAUCGAGGCUCUCUCUUCUUCUGUAAGGAGCAUCAUGUAUAGAGCUGGCUUCAUCUGCCCUCAGUGCCUGGUACUUCUAGGUCAGUCCUGCUAUAAGGUUAUCUUAAUUUCUUUCUACCUAGAAGGGGCAGCCACCCUUGUCAUGUUACUUCUGGGACAAGAACACUAUUACUGUUUGGCUGUUUAUCUCACUGUUAUCAUGGUGAUUGUACACGCCUCUCUUUGCUUAUUUAAUUUGCCAGUGGCAGACAUGGUUGAUGCGGAUUUACCGAAGUUUAACAGGCAGUCUUCUCUUUCCUUAAUGGUUGGUGUCAUCAAUGCUUUAUUUACCAGACCUGUCCAGUCGUUAGCUCCCUUGUUGAUACUGUCUAAGCUAAACCAGCAUGGGUAUGGGGAGCCGAACAAUAGGAUACUUUUAGAUCUUCAGGACAGCAUGUUUAAUUUGGUUUGUGUGGUCUCCCUGGUCAUUGCAACAGUGCAGAUUCUGACUUGGAGCUCCUUCUCUAUCAGGAACAGAAGAGACUGCUCAGGAACAGUGUAA